GACACUUCCUUGAUGGUUCAUAGUGGCAAAAAGGAUGUAUUCCUUGCUUUGAAACAUCAUUCACUGCCCUUCCUCAAAUCAUUGCCCAAGUAGUGGCUUUCUAAUAUGGUGACAUGAAAACGUUCUCUCCUCUUGCUGGAUAUUCAUCAUUACCCGCCCAAGGCUGAAGGACAAAGCACCAACCUUGGCAGGCAGCAUUGUUGCGAUUGUCACUUCAUCUAUGGGGUGUUGAAGUACCUUCUCCUAUCUUCAAGUAUACCCGAGUGAAGCGAUAAUCUCAACGAUGCCUGAAAGUACAAAAUCCAUGGAAGAUUCAUGGGUGGUUGAAGAUAAGGGUAAUGAGAGCAUCAGCUGGGACGAAGCUUCAGCCACGUCCGUCUCAGAAGAAGAUCCUCCUACAGCCACUACAGAUACCGAUAGCCAAACAAGGCCGAAAAGGACCCAAGAGCCUGCGCAUCACUCUAGACCAGCAAACACUGCCCCGGCAGAACCACAGUUCAUCAUGCCCACCAUGUCAACGAGCACACCUACAGCUCAGAGACUGGUCAGACAGCGCAAGCCUCCAGUCCCUUCGAGAACUGGACAACCAAGGCAACAAGGAGCCACUUCGACGGCAGCGAGACCAUCCACCAGACAUCAAUCGGACACUCCCCGAGAGGAGACAAGUGUUGCUGAUCAAGUACUCAAUAUCAUGAGCCACGUGGCCGAAUGGAUUUUCGAUAUUCUUGGACAGACACUCAAGACCUUGAAGAAGCCUAUAUCGUGGCUGCUUGCGGCAUACCUAUUCGCCGGCAUCUUGAUGCUUGUCCAGAAUCUGCUGACGACUUCAAUCUAUACUGCCUUGUCACCGAUCUGUCGUAUACCAGGAAUAUCCCUUCUCCACUUGCCGAUCUGCCACUAUGCCUCCUCAAACGCCGAUGCUCCUACCCUUUCGUCCGGAACAUCUGCGCCAGUCGAAUUCGACGCCCUGAUGCAGACACAAUCCCAUUUUGAGGAAAUUCUGUCCGAAUCUGCGGCGGGAAUCACUUUACCGUUAGACAUGAAACGCUCAGAAACGUCAAUCCGCGAUCUCCGCCAGAUUGUUCGCUUUUCGCAGCUCUCUUCCCGCAAUGAACUCGUUCUCGAGUUCGACGGCUUUGUUGAAACCGCACGGAUCGCUUCUUUCGAUCUCCAGAAAUUCAACUCCCACGUCGGCCGCGGCGUGGACAUUGUGCUUAGCACGGCACGCUGGACACAGCGCGUGCUCGACGACAUGGCGAUCAAGCAGUCCUCGCGCGGGAUCAUUCCAGGUUUUAUCCAGGAUCGGAUCCUGGCGCCGUUCACGCCAGUGCAGUUCACCGAGUCGCGCCUGUUGGAUCAGUAUAUCCAACACACGCGCAUCGUUAGCGAGGAGAUUGAGCGGUUGAUCGAUGAGGCGCAAGCAUUGUUGCUUGUGCUGCAGAACCUCGAGGACCGGCUUGACGUAAUCCAUGCGAUUGCCAUGCGCGACAACAUCGACGCGCAGGCGGGCAAGGACGAGAUCCUCUCGCAUCUGUGGACGCUGUUGGGCGGGAACAGGGCGAAGUUGGGCAAGUUCAAUAACCAGCUCACGUUGCUGAGGCAGGUCGGGCAGUACCGCAAGGUGGCGUGGGCGCAUGUCUCGGCGACGAUACUCAAGUUGCAGGCUAUGGGGGCGGAGCUGGAGGAGUUGAGGACACGGGUGGGUAGUGCAGAGGUGCUGAGGGACCAUAAGGAGAUUCCGCUGAGUGUGCACGUGGAGAAUAUCAGGCUUGGGGUGGAGAGGUUGGAAGAGGGACGCGAGCGGGCGAGGAAGUUGGAGCAGGGGCAUGUUAGGAGGGUUAUUGAUGGGGCGGAGGGGGAUGGUGUGAGGGCGUUGGGCCAGGCGUAGGAACUUGGAGGUUAGUAUGGCUGGGCCUUGAAGGGAAUGGGAUGGGCGUGAAUACACAGGGAUUAGAAACGGUCAGGACAGGUUGGGAAGGAAUUCGUUCGUUGAUUGUUCCAAGGCAAUGGCGGCAAUGGGAGUGGGAGUGACGGACAGCUUGGAUGAAAGCCCCUGGACUGGCUAUUGUACACGACUUACGAGUGAUGAAGCAAUAGUAUUCGUUUUCU